AUGAGUGACACUCCCCGACUACGUUCGGCUUUCCCUCGAACACCUCGCUCCGAACCACGGACCCCUCGAACGUCCACCGGCUACCAUGACCCAGCCGUUACGCCCGUCCCCUUUGGCCGGGGAAGCAAGAUCAACUUCGCCAGCGCCAGCGCUGUUGUGAGGUCUGCCAAUGCCGCCCAGCCCCAGGAUAGGCCUCUGAUACCGUUUCACAUUGUCGAUGCGCCUGCACAGCGACUCUACGUUGUUGCGUUUUACGCUGCGUUGAAUGCAUGGCGGUUUUACGAAUACUGGACGUCUACGGAUGAGGGGGAUGCUACAUGGCUGUUUUUGAAAUGGCUGCUCAUAGAUGCUACAUAUCUGUUUGGGCUGCCUGUGCUGCGGAUCCCGUGGUUAGAGUGGGCGUUUUCAACCACGUUAGCGAUAUUCCUGGUUCAUGUGGUGAUUAACGUGUUUUUGAUGUUUAAGAUUCCGUUACCGAUGGAAGCCUGGGUCGUUUCUUUGUUCAAAAUGGCCUAUGACAGAGAGCUUUCGAUCUCCGGACAACGCGUUAAACCUUAUGACAUCCUACACAACUCGUCAUUAAUUCUAGGCAAACAUAUCGUCCAUAUCUUGCCGGAAGGUUCUGCCGUUCUGAACCCAGACAAGGUUCCGUUGUGUCUCGGCCAUGCGCAUUCCUCUGUCAACCUCCCCAUCCGAGUGAACCAAACCAACCCUAUCCUCAUAGAACUUCUGCGCUUUGAUCUCGAAACUGGUGCAAACGAAACGAUUGUUAUCCCUGAGAAACAGGCCAAGACCCUCAGACGCCAGGCCAGCCAAAACUAUCCAAAAUCAGAACAACGAGAAUGGCUGGAUCUUCUCUACCCCGUGCGCAAGACCGGUGUUUAUCAGAUCAAAAAAGUGGUGGAUGAGUCCAAGCUUGCUGUUCAUCAUCGUUCCAUGGAUACUCUCGUUGUCAACUGCCCCAAAGCCUCGAUGUUGACUCGCGGGGGCCACAAGUGCAGAGGGGCACUAUCCGAUCUCACUAUGUCAAUGCAUGGAACUCCGCCGUUCAAGAUAAAAUACAGUCGCACCGUCAACGACGUUGACCAAGGGAUCUCCUUCCAAAGCAUUCAGCCAGAAGGUCACCAGAAGCUGCCAGAGCCGGAGGAGGAGCCAACUAAUCCAGUCCUGGCCAAAUUUAGCUGGGCUCGCCAACAGAAGGUGGAAGUUCCUCUGAACGAAUCCCUAACUGCAUUCGGGGAAUGGACUUAUGCUAUUGAGGAAAUCCACGAUGGUUGUGGGAAUGUUGUCAACUAUACCAAAAACCCAGAUGUUGAUGAGGGUCUUUGGUCUCAGCAUCAUCCGCAAUCUCAACAAUUCUUCGUUCAUGAACUGCCUCGGGUAUCCCUGUCCGGCUGUGACACGCAAACAUACCUCCAAAUCGCCAAAGGAGAGUCAAUUGACCUCCCAGUUCAUUUCCACGAUACCGGGUAUGGACAGAAUAAGGAUUUCCCUUUCACUCUCAGCUACUCAUUUUCUGAGUCUGGAGAGGAUGGUGAUAAAAGGGAGCCUACAUCUGUUCAUGAAUAUGAAUUCAAAAAUGCCAACAGUAAGCCUAGAAUCAAGGCUUCUGGCUGGUACAGUAUUACUGGUAUCUCCAGUCCAUACUGUCGGGGUGAAGUCUUUGAGCCGUCGUCCUGCUACCUCCACAAUCCAGCUGAGCCGCAGUUAGCUAUCCGCCAUGAAAAGAUUUAUGAUACCUGCGCUAACAACUCCGUUGGUCUUCUGGUGUACCUCGAUUUGAUCGGAACGCCACCAUUCAGGGUCAGGUAUUCCAUAGAACACUCUAAGGGCGUACAAACCAGGGUGCACACCAUCAAUGGCCUGCACGGACAACUUGAUUUGAAGCCUGCAGAGGAAGGGCACUACAGAUAUAGAUUCCUGGAUAUAUCUGAUCGCAUAUACGAGGCUCGUUCAUUGAAAGACAGCGUACCAGCCCUAGAGCAGGAUGUGAAACCUCCUGCCUCUGCGCAAUUUGUCGGACCCCUCACAAGCCGCAAAGCCUGCUUCGGCGAACCCGUUUCAAUGGACGUGAUGUUUGUUGGAGAACCGCCAUGGAUUUUGAACUACGAGGUGGUACAUAACGGAAAGAGGAAGAAGCAUGAACUGAAGAGUGAUACCGAUGUUGCGUCUCUUUCCACGGCAGACCUUGUUAAUGGUGGUGUCUACACUGUUGGUCUCACCAGCGUUAAAGACAGAUCGAACUGCAAGAGAGCCCUGAAGGAGGAGAUUCGAAUUGAAGCCAGACCGAAAAGACCGCGCGUUGGAUUUGGCCAGAUAGACCAGAAACGAACUAUUCUGGCCUUGGAGGGCAAGGCGGUAGAUCUUCCUUUAAGACUGGAAGGUGAAGCUCCAUGGAAAGUGAAGUACCAGAACAAGCUCGAUCCCACUGCCGGCCCUGUGGAGAAAACCUUUUGGAAUGCAAACAGCGUCCUUAGAGUAACAGAUCAAGGACAGUAUGAGAUCAUUGGUCUGUCGGAUGCGACUUGCCCUGGAUCAGUUGAUGAGAAAGCACAUAUUUUUGAAGUUUCCUGGAUUGCCCGGCCCAAGAUCACUGAGGUUGAUGGUGUCAAACUGGGGCCUCAGACUAUUAUUGCAAAGGAUGAAGUAUGUGAAGGUGACGUGAACUCUCUAGAGCUGAAAUUUGGUGGCAACCGUCCAUACACAGUUCGGUACGAAGAGAGCUAUAAGGCUGGAAAUUCGAACCCAACUUCCCGCAUGAGAAGUCUCACUGCUGCCCUUAACUCUGCCUCUAUACCAAUGCGGACUACUAUGGCUGGAAAUUACACCUAUAAGUUCCUGGAAAUUGGAGAUAAUCUCUAUAGCCCUGAAAAGAAAGCAAAGGAUCCUAUUAUUGUAACCCAGAAGGUGAAUCCCCGUCCAUCAGCUCGGUUUGAGUCUCCUAGCAAAGUGUACGGAUUUUGCAAGGAGGAAGAACAGGAAGAUGAGACAAUCCCGAUCAUACUUGAAGGUAUACCCCCGUUCACGCUUGAACUUGCUGUCAAACAUCAUUCAAGCGCGAAGCCGGAACUUCUUUCUAUUCCCAACAUCAAUUCAAACCGAUAUGCACUGCCUGUUCCUCGCCAGUACCUUGAUCUUGGACAGCAUGUCAUAAGCAUCCGCAAAGUCAGAGAUUCACGUGGCUGCCAAAGGGCGACCGAAUUCGAUGGAUCAUCAGUCAGAGUAUCCAUUUCUGACGUGCCAACCAUUAUUCCUCUUGAAUCACGAGAGGAUUACUGUGUCGGCGAGAGAAUAUCCUUCUCCCUUUCCGGCCAUGCGCCGUUUGAAAUCUACUACACCUUCGAUGGUGUGGCCAGAAAGGCGAAGAGCCAGGCCACGACCUUCCGACGUAUUGCGGAAAUGCCUGGUGAAUUCAAGAUCACAUCAGUCAGUGAUGGAGCUAGUGGAAGGUGUCGAGUUCAUAAGAAUAUCACCAAAGUGAUACACCAGAUGCCCAGCGUCAGGAUCAGCCGUGGGGGUGUGUCUGUUGUCGACAUACCCGAAGGUGGUGAAGCGGAGAUCAUGUUUGAGUUCUGGGGAACUCCUCCCUUCGAAUUCACUUAUACCCGCAGCUCGAAUGACGGCAAGGGCAAGAAGCGUGUCAUUCUCGACACUAAGAAUGACAUAUCUCAUGAGCACACGAAAACUAUCAAAGCUUCAGAUGAGGGAACAUACGAAGUUAUAUCCAUCAAGGACCGUUACUGUUCUUUUUCGACACAGUCUGAUAAAGGGAGCCGACGAGGCUUCUUUUAA